CCCGCCCGCCUUCCGACGGGGGUGCGGCUCCAGGAAACGGCGCGCUCUGCUCGCUCGCUGCUUGGCGCUCCAGCCACCCGACGCGCACCAGACGACCCCGCAGACUCAGCCAGACCACUCCACAGGCCCCUACGGCGACAGCAGGGAGAGCGGACCUGGGUCCGAGCCUCAGUCAACUCCGCAAGGACGAGGCGGGCAGCGCGGAUCCGAGCCCUAGAAGCCAUGGGGACCCGGACUGGGCCAGCGGUCGCGGGCCAGCGGGAGCCCUUGGCCUGAGAAGCGGACGACGGGGCUGGGGCCAUGACCUCGGUGUGGAAGCGCCUGCAGCGCGUGGGCAAGCGGGCCGCCAAGUUCCAGUUUGUGGCCUGUUACCAUGAGCUGGUGUUGGAGUGCACCAAGAAAUGGCAGCCGGAUAAGCUGGUGGUGGUGUGGACCCGGCGGAACCGACGCAUCUGCUCCAAGGCUCACAGCUGGCAGCCAGGCAUCGAGAACCCAUACCGGGGCACCGUGGUGUGGAUGGUUCCUGAGAAUGUGGACAUCUCUGUGACCCUCUACAGGGAUCCACACGUGGACCAGUAUGAGGCCAAAGAGUGGACGUUUAUUAUUGAGAAUGAGUCCAAGGGGCAGAGGAAGGUGCUGGCCACGGCUGAGGUGGACCUGGCCCGCCACGCGGGGCCCGUGCCUGCCCAUGUUCCGCUGCGGCUGCGGCUGAAGCCCAAGUCGGUGAAGGUGGUGCACGCCGAGCUGAGCCUCACUCUCUCAGGGGUGCUGCUGCGGGAGGGCCGUGCUACGGACGAUGACAUGCAGAGUCUUGCAAGCCUCAUGAGCGUGAAGCCUAGUGAUGUGGGCAACUUGGACGACUUUGCUGAGAGUGACGAGGAUGAGGCUAAUGGCCCAGGGGCCCCUGAGGCCCGGGCUCGAGUGCCCCAGCCAGGCAGGGGCGGUGCCCUGAGGCCGGGGCGUUUCCCAGCCCCCUCUAGGGAGCUGAAGACACUUUGUGAGGAGGAGGAGGAGAGCCGAGUCCGAUCCCGGCAGGCAGCUGCCAGUCCUAGUGCCGAGGAUACCAGCCCAGCCCCUGUGAGUGCCCCUGUGCCCCCGGCCAGGGCCUCCCGGGGCCAGGGGUCAGAACCAGCUACAGUAGCAGGGGGCCAGGUGGGGCCUGAGGGCCCAAGGCCCCCGGGAACCCCACCAGAGAUGAGGUCUUCCAGGCAGCCAGGCCAGGACAUGGCCCCCGCCCCGGCUCCUCGGCUCCAGAAAGGCUCUGACACCCCCCGGCCCCCAGUCUCCCAAGGGGAGGAUGAAGUCCCUGAAGCCUCAGGGGCUUCCCCAGCAGGAAUGGGUUCUGCCAGGGAGACCCAGGCUCUGGAAAACAUUCAGGAAGGGAUGGAGGCCCACAGAGUUAGGCUGGGCCCAGGCAUUGAGGAUGAAAGCUCCAGAGACUCUUUGGGAGGGCAGAAACCCAGGGUUGAAGAGGGGGCCACUGGGGACAGGGCAGAGGCCAGUGGGGUGGACACUGAGUGCAGGUCAGGAGUUGGAGAGGUGAACACUAAGAGGCCAGGGGUCAGAGUGGGGCAGGCUGAAGAGAGUUCAGAAGUUUGUCAAGUAGAUGCUGAGCAGAGGUCAAAAGUGAGGCAUGUGGACACCAAGGGACCAGAGGCUACAGGGGCAAUGCCUGAGUCAAGAUUCAGGGGGACUCCUGAGGCUCCUCCCAGGGGCUCUCAGGGGGGGAUGGGAGUCAGGACCAGGGAUGAGGCUCCCACAGGCCUGAGCCCACCCCCAGCAGAGCCUGCAGGGCACUCUGAGCAUCUCAGUGACCUCAAGGGGGCCAGGGCUGCUACAGGUCAGGAGAGAGAGGGUGCAGAGGUGAGGGGUGGAGCCCCUGGUGUUGGGGGCACAGGCCUGGAGCAGGGCCCCUCUGUUGGAGCAACAAGCACCAGGCCCCAGGUGAGCAGGUGUCAGGGGGCCCGGUCAUCAGCUGACCAGGGGGCAAUGUCUAGGGACCUGGGGCUCUGGGAGGCAGAAGCUGGGGAGGCAAGGGUCCUGGGAACAGAGACUGAGGUGGCAGAGUUGGAGGUAUCGCAGACCCGGGAGGGAGAAAUGGGGGGCUCAGGCUUCCCAGAGCUAGGCACUGGGACAUUAGAAGCUGAGAAACUGGGGGCCCAGGAGAGAGAGGCAGCAAGAUCAGGGGUCCUGGAGUCAGGGGCUGCUGGGACAGCAGAGUCUGAAGUACUGGGGACCCAAGAAACAGAGGCUCAGGGUUCAGGUGUUCUGGAGACAAGAACUAGGAUAACAGAGAUUGAGGUAUUAGGGAUGCAGGAAAUAUCUGGGGGUUCAGGGUUACUGAGAAUAGAAAAUAAGAUAGAAUCUGAGAUAUUGGGGGCCCUGGAGACAGAGGUGGGAGGUUCCAGGAUACCAGAGACAGAGGCUGAGGGGACAGAGGCUGAAAUAUUGAGGACCCAAGAGAAAGCAGCUGAGAGUUCAGGGCUCCCAAGGAUAGAAACUGAGGUAGCAGGGACCCAGGAGACAGAAGUAGGGGGUUCUGGGGUUCCAGGGACAAAGGCUGGAAUAGCAGAAGCCCAGAAGAUAUUGGAGGCCCAGGAGAUAACAGCUGGAGCCUCAGGGCUCCCAGGGAUAGAAGCUGAGGUAGCAGGGACCCAGGAGACAGAGGUAGGGGGUUCUGGGGUUCCAGGGACAGAGGCUGGGACAGCAGAAGCUGAGAUAUUGGGGACCCAGGAGAUGACAACUGGGGAUUCACAGGUUUCAGGGAUAAAAGCUGAGACAGAGUCUGAGAUAUUGGGGGCCCAGAAAACAGAGAUAGAAUGUUCAGAGGUUCCAGUGAUAGAGAUUGGGACAGCAGAAGCAGAGAUAUUGGGGACCCAGGCAGUAGCAUCUGGGGAUUCAGGGAUCCCAGGGACAGAAUCUGAGAUAUUGGGGGCCCAAAAGACAGAGAUGGGGGAUUCAGGGGUCUCAGACAUAGAGGCUGGAAUGGCAGGCACUGAGGCACUGACAACCCGACAGACAGAAACUAUGGUUUCACAGGGUGAGGAGACAGAAGCUAAGACUUCUGGGGUCCAGGAAGCGGAGACUGGAGUCUGGAGGGCUCUCAAAUAUGAGGCUUUAAGGGCCCCAGUCAGUAACCCAAGAGUUUUGGGGUCCCAGGAAGCAGAGGCAGAGAUUUCAGGAGUACGAAAGCCAGAGACUAAAGUUUUAAGGGUCCAGGAGGCAGAAGCUGGAGUUUUGGGGGUGUCAGAGGUCAAAUCUGGGGAUUGGGAGGCCCAGGAAGCACAGAUGGAGGUUUUAGGGCCUCCAGAGAACGAAUCUGGUGUUUUUGAGGCCCAGGAAGCAGAGGCUGGGGUCUUGGGAAACGAGAAGGGGAAAGAAGCUGAGGAAAGCCUCCCAGAGGCCAGCCUGAUUGAAGAGCAGGUGGCCGGUGGGGCAGGGGCUGGGGUGCCCAGGCCCUCGGGGGCCUCUUCCCCAGAGGAGCCUGAAGAGGACAGGAGGCUGCCGGGCAGCCAGGCACCACCUGCCCCGGUCAGCUCCAGCCAGUCCCUGCUGGAGUGGUGCCAGGAAGUCACUGCAGGCUACCGUGGAGUCCGCAUCACAAACUUCACCACAUCCUGGCGGAACGGCUUGGCCUUCUGUGCCAUCUUGCACAGAUUCUACCCAGACAAGAUUGACUAUGCCUCCCUUGACCCACUCAACAUCAAGCAGAACAACAAGCAGGCCUUCGAUGGCUUCGCGGCUUUGGGUGUGUCGCGGCUGCUGGAGCCGGCGGACAUGGUGCUGCUGUCUGUGCCCGACAAGCUCAUCGUCAUGACGUACCUGUGCCAGAUCCGCGCCUUCUGCACCGGGCAGGAGCUGCAGCUGGUGCAGCUGGAGGGCGGCGGCGGCGCCGGCACCUACCGCGUGGGCAGCGCCCAGCCCAGCCCGCCCGACGACCUGGACGCCGGCGGCCUGGCGCAGCGGCUGCGCGAGCACGGGGCCGACGCGCCCAAGGAGCCCCAGGAGGCUGCGAACCGCGCGGACGGGGCGGCCCCGGAGGCGGCCUCCAGGGGCGUGGACGUGGGCCGAGCCUCCAAAGACAGCGGGGCCGAGGCCGCACGCGAAGGGCGCUCCGCCGAGGCCCCGGCCGACGGCCCUGGAGCUCGGGCGCCGGUGCUCCCGGCCGAGGGCCUGGUGAACGGGGCGGGGGCGCCGGGCGCGGGGGGCGGCGUGAGGCUGAGGCGAUCUUCGGUCAACGGGGAGGCCGGGCCGGUGCCCCCGCCGCGCGCGCACGGCUCCUUCUCCCACGUGCGCGACGCCGACCUGCUGAAGAAGCGGCGCUCGCGGCUGCGGAACAGCAGCUCCUUCUCCGUGGACGACCCGGACGCGGGAGCCGCGGGAGCUGCGGAAGGUCUGGGCCCUGACCCCGGGCCUGCUCCUGGCCCACCCACAUCCACAGCCUCUCAACAGACCCCUGGUGGGAGUCCCCCAUCGGAGGAGCCACCCCCAAGCCCAGGGGAGGAGGCUGGGCUGCAACGGUUCCAGGACACAAGUCAGUACGUGUGUGCAGAGCUGCAGGCCCUGGAACAGGAGCAGAGGCAGAUAGACGGGCGUGCGGCUGAGGUGGAGACACAGCUGAGGAGCCUCAUGGAGUCAGGUGCCAACAAGCUGCAGGAGGAGGUGCUGAUCCAGGAGUGGUUCACCCUGGUCAACAAGAAGAAUGCUCUCAUCCGGAGGCAGGACCAGCUGCAGUUGCUCAUCGAGGAGCAGGACCUGGAGCGGAGGUUCGAGCUGCUGAGCCGAGAGCUGCGGGCCAUGCUGGCCAUCGAAGACUGGCAGAAAACGGCCGCGCAGCAGCACCGAGAGCAGCUCCUGCUGGAGGAGCUGGUGUCACUGGUGAACCAGCGCGAUGAGCUGGUCCGGGAUCUGGACCACAAGGAGCGGAUCGCCCUGGAGGAGGACGAGCGCCUGGAGCGCGGCCUGGAGCAGCGGCGCCGCAAGCUGAGCCGGCAGCUGAGCCGGCGCGAACGCUGCACGCUGAGCUGAGGCCGCGCCGGCCACGGAGGCCUUCGCCGCUCCCCACCGGCUCGGACCGCAGCCUCGCUCGCCGCCCGGCCUGCGCCGCGGAGGACCGGCCCCACCGACGGUGUGCACGGCCGCCAGGGGGCGCCCCUUCCCGGGGCUGGUGGCCCGAGGGACGGGAGCGGCUGGGCGGCUGCGCCGUAUUUAUUUGCCUGUAGGCGUGUGCGCGUGUCCGCGUGUCCGCGGAGGGUUGGGGGUCCCGGGAGCGCCGCGUGGAGCCCCUCCCCGACGGCAGGGCCCUGGCCGGCGAGUCCUGUGGAGAAGGACGGCCCGGGGACCGCCGUCCCCGCCCUCCCCGUCCUGUUUUGACACGCAAUAAAGUUAGACAAGGGUACACUA